AAUACACAAACUAGGCUAAAAACUAAAACAUAUAAAGAUAUAUAUAGCCAUGGCCGAUAGCCAGGGAGAAACUGAGCUCUUGGGCGAAGAGGAGGAGCUCGAACGAAGCUCAUUUCACGAAUCGUUCAUCCAGGAUAUCAUCGCCAUUAAGCACUCGUUCGGCUACGAUUGCAAGAAGCUCUUCAAUCUGGUGCUGGUGGAUCAGGACACCUUGGUCUUUGCCUCGGGCAACUUUUUGAAAUUCUUUAGCAUUUCUCGGCAAGAGAUUACCUUCCAGGAGACCGUCUAUGGCUGUGGCAUAGGCUUCAUUACGAAAAACGACCAUCCCGACUUCCAGGGCCUGUUCACAGUGGCGGAGAAUGGCCCGCAGCCUACGGUGUUUAUUUACGAGUAUCCAUCGAUGGAUGUCCGUGUCAAGCUGCUGAAUGCAGCCAAGGCGUGCUUUACGGCCGGAUCCUACAACAAGACGGGCGAACUGUUUGCCUCGCAGGCCGGCUAUCCGGACUUUAUCAUAACCAUCUGGCGCUGGGAGAAGGCGGAGGUGGUGCUGCGCGCCAAGUCUUUUCAGAGCGACAUCCUCUUCGUGCACUUCUCGGAGCACAAUCCCAUUUUGCUCUGCUCCUCGGGCCUGAGUCACAUCAAGUUCUGGAAGAUGGCCAACACCUUUACCGGUCUGAAGCUAAAGGGCGACCUGGGGCGCUUUGGCAAGACGGAUUUCAGUGACAUCUCCGCCAUGUACAUGCUGGCCGAUGAGAAUGUCAUCUCGGGCUGCGACUGGGGCAACAUGCUGCUCUGGCAGGCGGGCCUCAUCAAGUUCGAGGUAUGCCGCAAGGGUCGCAAGCCCUGCCACACCAAGCCCAUUACGCGGAUCACCAUGAAGAACGGGGAGGUGACCACCGUGGGCAUGGAUGGCUAUGUCCGUGUCUGGUACUGGGAAACGGUGGACUUGGCCGACCCGCCCGAGGAUGAUCUGUUCGUGGAGAUCGAUCCGAUCUAUGAGUUCAAGAUCGCCGAUGUGGAGCUGCGCUGCAUGCAGAAGAUCCAUCUUUACGACGAGAUGGACUUCACGCACUACGCCCAGGAUGGCAACGGCGGCAUUUGGUUCUGCGAUAUCAACACCUAUGAUGUGCCCCAGAAGCCAAAGAAGAUCUACUCCUGCAUCGGCGGCAAGGUUAUAGCCUCCCAAAUGUCCCCGGUGUCCCCGCACUUCCUCUGCAUGUCCGAGAGCGGCAAGAUCUUUGUGUACGAGUACGAGCAGGAGAGUCUCAUCCUGGAGAAGCAGUUUCCGGCGAAUGGCGUCGAUGUGCUGUGGCUGGACACUCAGGUAUCGGUCCUGGGCACCGAAUUGGUGGCCGGCUUUGAGGACGGCAUUCUGCGGCAACUGUUUUUGGAUUUGAGCGAUUCCAGCCGGCCAACCAUGACCCGAGUUAGAGCCUUCAAGGCACACACGUCGCCCAUAUCCAGGAUAACCGUGAACCGAACGAGCACCCUGCUCCUCACCGGCAGCGUUGACAAGAGCAUCUUCAUCUAUCAGUUGAGUCGCGAUGAGAACUCCUUGGUGGACAUCCAUCCCCUGGGAUUCGUGCAGUUCGCAGCGAUUCCCAACUGCUUCUACUGGCAUGAGACGGAGCCCACCGUGGUCCUUGUGGGCUGCAAGACCGGCGAGGUGUACGAGUAUAAUGUGCGCACCCAGGUCACCGAGGAGGAGACCCACCUGUCCUACAACAUAACAGAGCCAUCGCGUCAGCGCUACGUGAAGUUUGCUUCCGUGAAGAGCAGGAUACGGCGGGACAUCAAGCGGGAGCAGACGAAAAAGCGCAAGGAACGCAAGCGAGAGCGCAAGUUGAACGAAAUCGAGAAACUUAAGAAGGCCAAUCCGGGUCUGCAGAUUGAUAUGGAGUCGGCUUUGGCCGACUCGGAGCCCGAGGAGGAGGAGGAGCCUCUGUUCAUACCCCCGAAGCCCAAUCCAAUAAUUUGGCUGCGCUAUACGGAAAUGAACACCAUCUGGGUGUCCAUGGCGGGCUAUGAUGCGGGGUACAUCUAUGAGCUGGAGUUCCAGGCGGCGGAACCCACGUGCUCCACCAUUAUAGCGGAUGCGGAUGAUAUUGAGAUUCACUCGUACUGCAUUAUUGAUCAAUACAUCAUUUUUGGCCUGAUUAACGGACGGCUUCGCAUCAACCGCAUCAAUCCGGAUAACUUCAGGGACCUCUCCGAGUACCGCAUCUAUCCCAUGCACGAUGCUCUUAAAGGCAUCAUUCCCAGCAUCCAGACCAGCUACAAUGGCGAGAACAUCCUCACCGUUGGCUACGAUGGCAACAUUUUCCUUCACAAUUGGAACGGUCCCAAAGUUGUUAAGAAUCCGCUUCGGGAUAAGCUCAUGCCCUUGCCUCCAAACGUUCAAAAGGCUCCCGAUAUAGUCGAUCCAGAGGAACCAUCACUGGAACAGGAAAAAAUCAAUGCAGAACUGCGACGCCAGCAAGAAGCGGCUGAGGCACACGAUCGCGAUGUCCUGGCCAAGAUCGGGGUGCUGCAAAAUGAUUACUUUGAGAUUAUCAAAAUAAACGAGGAGCUGCCGCCGGGACUGAGGGCCAAAGAUACGGAUUUGCUGUUGGAUCCACGCAUCAAACAACAGAUACGAGAUGAGUUACAGGCGGAGCUGGAUGAUGUGCGUGAGGACUUGGCCUACGACCUGGAGUUUGCCCAGGUGGGGCACAAGAAGCUGUACAAUCACUUCCUCAAGAAUCUAGUUGAAGUUCCCUUCACGGUGAAUCCUUUGGGUGCCAAUGUGCCGGGCGUGGCCACCUUUCGCCUGCAGGAACUGGGCGAGGAAUUCGAGCAAAUCAAGCGUGACAUUGAACUGCGUCUAAAACAAGAGCACGACAUGGGCCUCCAAGACCUUGUGGUGGCCGAACCCUCAGACGAAUCCAUUGGCCAGCCUCCACCGGAAACCUUUUUCUUUGGCCGCGAUCCGCGUAGCAUUGAGCCGCGCUUCAGCAAAAAGAUGAUGCGUCUCCUGGUCCGCUACCGGAAGCGCCAACUGUACGAGGUGCGUCGCAUCUUUGACUGGGAUAAGUUAGAGCGCCAGAAACCGGAUCCCAAUCGAAAUCAUCCAGAUGACGAUGCCAAAAUCGAGGAGGCCAAGCGCAACCUGGGUGACUACAAGCUGAAAAUCGGCGAGGACUAUGAGCCCAAGUCCUCGGAGACGCUGACCCAGAAAUACAUAGAGAUCGUCAAGUGCCGGGAACGUCACUAUAAUAUGGUGAAAGACUUCAAUCUAUCGGUGGCACAGCUGCGCACGCGCAAGCAGGAGCUGAUGCAGUUCAUCAAUGCCAAGCGGAAGCGCUUGGACGUGAUCAAUAGCUAUUUGCCCCCGGUGGAUCGCCUGCCCCUGGAUCCGAUACAGGAGAUCGACAUGGAUCUGGAGUUUCCCGAGCUCAAUCUAAUCGAGCAUCACACGCCCGGCUGUGGUGUGGAGAUCGAUGACAUUCUCACGCUGGAGCAGAGUGUGGAUGAUGUAAUCGCCUCCACCAAAGUCAACCGGGAGCUAACCAAAAGCCUGGUCAACCUAACGGCACUGGAUCUACCCGAACUGCACGAGUACGCCGCCUAUGUAAUGUUACAAAUGUCCAAGCUGGAACGCUGCCUAUCCAAUACCGAUCUGGUCGACGGUCUGAAGAGUAUGCCGGCAGUCAGUGAGCCGGCCUACUUUGAGCUGAAUGCGGAGGAUGAGACGCCCAUGAUAUUAGAGAUGCGAUACCGGUGGGUACGAUUCAUGCGGCGUGAGCAGGCAGCGAUACGAGCGGAGGUCCAAGAGGAGGUGCAGCAAUUCGACCGGGCAUUGUCCAAGUUGCAGGUGCGGCGCUUUCAUGUCAAGCUGGAUGCCGAGUUUAUGACCUCAUACCUGAUCAGCCUCAACCAGGAGCUGUACAUCCUGCGGGACAGCGAGGAGAUCGAGUUGCAGCUGAUGCUGAACGCCAAGACGGCAAUGAGCACCCGGAACGAGCUGCAGGUAGUUAUCAAUGCCACCAACCGUCAGCUGGACGAACUGCGACGAAGCAUUGACAAGCUGGCCGAGCAGAUCCUGGCCGUUCAGGUGCUCUUUAUGAGCACAAUGAAAGGUCACAAGUUCUUUGACUUUCUGCGUCGCAUCUUCAAGAAGAAAUGGCGUCCGCCAAAGGUGGCCAGAGGCGAUGACGAGGAGUCCUCCUCCUCCUCGGAGUCCUCGUCCUCCAGCGAGGACGAAGAAGCGGACAACAAGAGUCUGGACUCCCUGGACAUGACCACCAUACGGCUGGAUGAGGCCACUUGUCCCACGGGUCUCGAUCGCUCGCUCUACGACCUGGCCUUUGCCAUGCGAUCCGAUCGCCACGAGCUUGAGCGCAAUAUGCGGGACCUGCAGCGGGAUGUGGAUAGUAAGCGCAAGGAGAUUGCCGAGAUGCAGAUCAAGAUGAAGUUCCAUGAGGAGGUCUACCAGCGGGAGAAGAAUGCCCUGCUGGAGUUUAGGCGCAAUCGUCAGCAGGAAGUGAACAAGGUGAAAAUCAGCGCCAUCAUCCGCAUGGACCAAUUGCAGCAUUUCUACGAGGGCGACGACUACCGCGACCUGUCCAAUGCCGUUCUCUUUGACGCCGACAUGCUGGUGGAUCUCCGUCGGCGCGCGGAUCAGCUCAGCGAGGAGACCAAGGCCACCAAGCGCUGGCACCGCAUCAACUUUAUUCAUUUGCGGCGCAUGAACACGGACAUCAAGUUUAUGCGGUUCGAGAUCACACGCCUGGAGGAGGAGAUCCGCCAGGCCAUGAUGAAAAAGUUCGGCCUGAUUGUUAAUCUCGAUGAGCUGGAGGAGGAGGUACUGCGUCGCUAUAUCUUUGACCUGGAAACCAGUGCCGAGGACGAGCUAAAGGCCCUCGAAAAGGAGUUAAUGGAGAAGCAGAAAGAGCUAGCCCGCUGCGAAGAGUCCCUGAUCAUGGAAACCCAAAACAACACGGAGAAGCUCAAUAUAAUGACAGUGCUGCGCGAGGAGAAAAACAUCCUGUGCACUCUGUUGGACAUUCAGGACCGCAACUAUGCCAAGUGGAGCAAUCCAAGUGCUUUGAAUCUAACCUACGACAUUGAGAAGCUCAGAGGUAUUGAGAACUCCUUGCUUCAGCAGAUCGAGUGCCUGGAGCGUGAGAUCUGCGCCUUGCGUCUCAAGUCCAAGCCCCUGCAGAUCAACAACGAAUUUGAGCUGGAUCCCAAUGCUCCACCGGAGGUAACCACCGAAGUCAUGCCCAAUGACGAUGCCCUGAUCUGUCCGGCCAUCUUGAAUGUAGAUGCCUACUUGCUGCCCCCCAUGCCCGAUGAGUUCAUCAUGGAACGCGUUCAGACAAUCGUCCAGAAAAGCUUCAAUCGGUUCUUUGGACGGAGCACUACGCCGGACAACGUGCGCAAGUUUGCUUUACGAUCUUCUCUGUACCUUUGCCAGGCCGCCUACAGUUUCCAGGGUCGCUAUACGGACAGCAUAGCCGAGUGCAUCACCGAGCACCUGCAGACGAUUGUGCCCAAGAAGUACUUUAUCCACAUCAGUGCCGACGAGCUGAGGAAGCUUUUUAACGAGGUGGUUUCCGUCUUCGACUACGAACGCUCUGAUAUCAACACCGAGGAGCUCAUCUCUGGCAUCUUUGACCACGCCAAGGACUCGCUGUGCGCCCACAUUCACGCCGAUGCCACCGACGUGGUUAACCGUUCCCAUUUCAUUGUGGCGCACAUGUUCAAUGAGCUCAUCGAGGUGCUGCCCGUGGAGGAGUUCCAGUCGGAGGAGACAGUUCGUAUGAUUGUGGAUGUGUUGGACCGUGAACCCAUGGUUGAUCCCCGGGCAAUUGGUGUGGAGAAGCUCAUCGAGAGCACUAUGAAGCAUGCCCAGGAGAAUUUGCUGGAUGGGAUUACGGCUGUGCCGGUGCGCAAGCUGGGCAAUACCAUCCAAAAAGACCUGAUAAAGCGGCGCCAGUACAAGCAGGCGAGCUGCGAAGCGCCGAUGAAAGUAAGGAUUGCCAGCAAAAAAUAAUUAGUGGCUUGCCCUUUUAGCGUUAACAAUAUAAUUUAUUUUUAUUAUUAUUUGGAGUGUGUAAAGCUUUCGGCAAAUGCAAACAA